UUGACUCUCCUGAGUACUAACUGCUAUGCUAGCUAGCUUCUCAAAACGACCAAACAUUUCCCUUAUAUCUGAGUAGGUGGUGCAAUAUAAGAUGCCUCCCAAGAAGAAAGGAUCAAGUAAAAAGCCUCCAAAGGCGAUUACUCCCACGCUUAUUGAUGGCCUUUCCAAAGAUGAGAUGUCCAAGGAGCAGCUGGAAGAACACAUUGUGCGCCUUCGAGAGGAGUUGGAUAGAGAGAGGGAAGAGAGAAACUACUUUCAGCUCGAGAGGGACAAAAUCCACUCGUUUUGGAAGAUCACAGAAAGACAACUUCAGGAGGUCAAGGCUGAGUUGAAGAACUUUGAUAAGGACAUAGAAGAGGAUGAGGGGCGCCACCAAGUAGAGAUCAAGGUCUAUAAGCAGAAGAUGAAGCACCUCCUGUGUGAACAUCAGAACACCAUCUCUGAGUUGAGAGCAGAUGCUUUAGUCUCCACUCAGGCGGGGCAAAAAGAGCAAGGACAGCUAGAGGCUCAGCUUCAUAAGGACAUGAAGGCCAUCAUGGUCGACAAGCAGGCACACGAUAAUGAAAACCUCGUCAAGGAACUUGAUCUGACAAAUGCUGAAGAAAUUGCUGAAAUAAGGGACAGCUUGGAGAAGAAACUCGCAGGAAUCCAAGCCAAGUAUGAGAAAAAGAUGGAUUCACUGCCAUUAGAGCUGUACAACAUGAGGAAACAAGAGACCAGUCAGAGAGAAGCACUUUGGAACAGACACAUUAACACUGUUAUAGAAGACCACAACCAAACCUUUAAGGAAGCUAAAGCUCUCGUUGAUAGCAUGCCUCAGGAUUUGGAUACGAACGAUACAGUCAAGCUCCUAAUACAAGCCAUGAAGUGCAAACAGAAGCAGAAGAUACAGGAUUUGACCGAUCUUUGGGACGAUAACAAACGUCUCACUGAGCUUCUAUCCAACGUCAAAGAGCAAAUUGUUAAAAAGGAGAAAAAAAUCCAUAACUAUACAAAGAACACGGAUUUCAAUGAAAAGCUCAAAAAGAAUGAGCUGGAUGAUCUGAAACGGGAAUGUGAAACUAUGGAACAGAAAUUCAGCAAGCUUCAGCAGGAGAGGGAUGAGCUAAUCAAGACUUUCACUGAGAACGUUCAGAAGGUGCAGCAUAAAGUGAAUCUGAAGAGCUCGCUGCUGGAGUUGAAGCUGGAAGGCCUGAUAGAGAGCGUGGAGAAGACGCAGGCUCAGCUCUUCUCUGUGAUUUCUGCCUCUAACAUGGACCAAACUGCCAUUAAUGGGGUCACUAACAAAAUUGAGGAAUAUCUUGACUCCAGUAAUAAUUCCAUCAAGAAGUUACAGAAUAAAAGAGCUCAGAUUUCCAAGGCUCGUAAGGAUUUGCUGCUGACCUACGAAGCAAAGCAAAGAUCUCUCCGUGUCUCGGUGGAGGGGCUUUGAGUUAAACCCUUUGAGAGCAGUCUUGUCGGGAAACAGUCUCUAAAAGGACUUGGAACUUGGAUUUGCCCAAAAAUGGGAAGUAAUAUACACCGUAAGAGUUAACAGCAAAUCAUCUCUUUUUUUUGCCUCUGAUAUCAUUUGUCUGACAGCUUUGUCAUAUUUUAUAUUCAUACAGACACACAAUUAAUACCAUCAUGUUUUCUUAAUUUGAAAAUAUAUAUUUGGAAUAAUGUAGUUAUGAACAGAUAGGAGUUUACCCUCGGUUUAGACUAAGAGGUCCAUCGUGCCCUUGGUUCAUACUGCCCUCCGAAGGCAGAGAGGAAUAACUGCGGAACGACUGCAGUAAUGUUGUAGUUUUCAAACAGACCAGCAAACUCUGUAACACAUAAAAGUUUGAAUGCCUUAAUUUGUCGAUUUAGUUGACUUCUUAAAGUCAUUGUCAAAGACCAAAAAUAGUAUCUAAAAGCUACUCCUAAAGGAAAACCUCGUGCCUCUACACAAAAAGUCUUAUGUCAUUUAUUUUUGAGCUAGUUUGUUUAAGUAUAGUCUUUUUGAUUAUAUUAUUUUCUUUAUGAUCCUUUUGCAAAUGGUUCAUAUGGAUUUAGUACAUUUUUAUUAUCCUGUGUGUCAGGCCAGAUAUUCAGAAGUAUAUACAAAUUGAUAUAAUAAAUGAAACUAGGAUUAAAUAGUUACUGAAAAUGUGCAUCCUAAGUGAAUGUUUAAAGAAAGGGUGUGAUGUUUUUUCCAUGGUAAAAGAGAUUCUGGUCUUAGCUCAGUUUGGGCCAACAUUUUAGUUUUCACUACUAGUGGUAGUAGUAUAUACUUGUAGUUGUAAUGAGUCACUGGAUUUAGCUUCUAAUGGAGAUUUGCAUCCAUUUCACUUAAUCUAAACUGAUAUAAAGUUAAGAAAAACUAAAUUAGUUGCAAUGUGCAACAAUUUCCCUAUCUGUCAAGAGUAUGAACUAAGCUCUGGGGAUGACAUAAAGUUUUUUAUUUGGUUUUAUCUCCAACUAACAGCUCACAUCUUUCAGGGAUACGUAACAUUUUAAAAGCAUUUUCAUCAAAACACAUUUUCUGUUGGGGAUAAUCUGCUCUAUUUUGGUCAUUUGUGCAAUCUGUCUGCACUUAAAAAGUGAUGGGUUUAUAUCAGGCUUAGAGGAAAUAUAAUACAUAAAUAGUACCUAAAACCUCUUUAAACAUUAUUUCUGAUAAUUACAGAGA